UGGGGUGACAAUGGUCAACUUCAAGCAUUUAUUCAAUACCGGUGACAAGGAAUUAGAUGAGCCAUUUAUUUUUGCAUCUCAGGCAACUCAAGUUUACUAUGUGCAAGAUCCUAUUGAUGCUGAUUGGUUUGCUGUUUUGAAGUCAAAACAACGUGACAUGUAUGAUAUGGAAGAAAGGCUAGACAAUAGUACAGAAAUAGGUUCUUUCUUGCCAGAUUUGGAUGCAAACACACAAGUUAAUGUAUCUAUUGGUGGUAGUUGUGUUAGGACUGAUAUAGAUGGAAUAAUGAUUGCCGAAAACCAACCUAGCAAGAGGAAAGUUUGUAAGAGGAAGAGGAAUGGGUAAAGAAACGGAGGUCAAUGAAUAUGAACUACAAAGGGCUGCCAACAUAAAA